ACGCAAAAAGACGGCCAAUCAGAACUGUCAUCCGAGUAAUGUGACAGAAGUGUGUUUUUUAAUUCAGAGGAGUUUGGUUAUCUUAGACUUGAAUAUCCUCUCGGUGAUGGCAUUACGUAUUCAGGGACGAAAAUGUUUGCAGACUGUGCAGAACAUGCACUUACUGCAACCAAAAAGAAACAAUAUUUAUUCUGCCUCUGAUGGAUUUGAUGAGGAGGAGAUCAGAAAAAAGCUUCAGUGUUUCCCAGGAGGAUCAAUUGACCUCCUCAAGCAGAAGAAUGGCGUUGCUGUUCUCACUAUAAAUAAUCCAAGCCGUAUGAAUGCAUUCACAGGAACAAUGAUGGUAGAACUCAAGGACAGGGUGACUGAACUGAAGGGAUGGACUGAUGGAAAAGGUCUUAUUGUCCAUGGAGCUGCCAAUACAUUUUGUUCUGGUUCAGAUUUAAAUGCAGUCAGAGCCAUUUCAAACCCUCAUGAUGGCAUGAAGAUGUGUAUGUUCAUGCAAAACACUUUGACAAAUCUCAUGAGAUUGCCUCUAAUCAGUGUGGCACUAAUAGAAGGGAAAGCACUGGGUGGUGGAGCUGAACUCUGUACGGCUUAUGACUUCAGGUUAAUGGUUCCACAAAGUGAGAUUCGGUUUGUUCAUAAACACAUGGGCUUAGUUCCAGGUUGGGGUGGUGCCUCUAGGCUGAUUCGUAUAGUUGGAGGCAGAAACGCCCUGAUACUUUUAAGCAGUGCAAGAAAAGUGGAUCCAGAAUAUGGACUAGCCAUAGGGUUAGCUGAUGCUGUAAUAACGCCAUCUGAUCAGAGUGGAUCCUUAGAAGCAGCUGAGAAGUGGCUUAGUGACUAUAUUAAAGGACCGGCCACAGUUGUCAGAGCUGUGAAACAGGUUGUCUUGUCUGGGAGGGAACUGGACCUAGAGGAAUCCUUAAAAGCAGAAAAAACAGUUUUUGGGAAUGUGUGGGGAGCACCUGCAAACCUUGAGGCUCUGGCUCAAGGUUCAAAGCACAAGUGAAAAUGAAUUCAUAACUAACGCAUCCUGAAGUUUAUAAGCUAAUUGAAAAAGAUACUGCCAAUGAAGAAAAUUCACUACAGAGAUUAUGGUUAUUAUGAAGCCACCUGGAAUCAUAAAUAAACAUGUAAUCUUGGCAUUCUCAACAGGAUUUAAUAUUUGUGUUGUCAACUUUUUAAAUGCAUUGUGAAGAAAAUUCUCAUUGGCAUCCUGUACAUAUCCAGCUGAAGAGUGGUACAGUAAAAAAGUAAAGAUUUUAUUUUUUAA